AUGCAGGCCCAGACGGCAUCCCCAGCCGCGCCCUCAGAGCAUCCGCAGACCAGCUGGCUGCUCCAUAUUUCCGUGUCUCCGGGCCAGGUCCAGACCCAUCUAGAGGGUAACAGGCUGGUACUGACCUGUCUGGCUGAAGGCUCCUGGCCUCUACAGUACCGAUGGAUCCUCAACAACACAGAUAUCACACACUUCUCUCCACUAUACACGUAUGUUAUCCCAGAGGUCCAGAGGUCGGAUGCUGGGUUGUAUCAGUGUGUGGUCAGGAACAGGAUGGGAGCCCUGUUACAGAGGAGAGCUGAGGUGCAGGUCGCCUUCCUGGGUAACUUCUCUGGUGAAGAGCAGCGUGGUACGGUCAGUGUUGGUGGAGCUGCGGUCCUGAACACUCCAGCCGUCAGCUGCUUCCCUCGACCGCAGGUCACCUGGUACAGAGACGGUCACAAGAUAAUCCCCAGCAACAGAGUAGCCAUGUCGUUGGACAAUCAGCUGGUUGUCUUGUCGGCCAGGACGGCUGACGUGGGGCGGUACUACGUACAGGCGGUCAACGGGCUGACCGGACAGAACCACACCUCUCCCUCUGUCUACCUCAGCAUGGCUGACCCUGAUGCUCUGGUUGAGCCCGUGGCUCCGGUGAUUGUGAUUGGUCCGAAGAAUAUGUCUGUCGUGGCAGGGAGGGAAGCUACACUUGAGUGUAUUGCUAACGCCAGGUAA